CUCUUCCACCGCCAUGUCUACCGCUCCGCACGACGAGUAUCAGUACCUCGACCUCAUCCGCACCGUUCUAGAGACUGGCGACGUGCGCCCUGACAGGACGGGCACGGGCACGCUCUCCGUCUUUGCGCCUCAAAACCUCCGUUUCUCGCUCGCGGAUUCGACGCUGCCGCUGCUGACGACAAAGCGUACGUUCAUGCGCGGCAUCCUCGAGGAACUUUUGUGGUUUGUGCAGGGCGCGACAGACUCAAAACUCCUCUCAGAGAAGGGCGUGAAGAUCUGGGAUGGGAAUGGUUCGAAGGAGUUCCUCGAGAAGCGCGGUUUGGGGCACCGCCGCGAGGGCGAUCUCGGGCCCGUGUACGGCUUCCAGUGGAGGCACUUUGGGGCGAAGUAUGAGGAUUGCGAGACGGAUUAUGCGGGAAAGGGGGUGGAUCAGUUAAGGGAGUGCAUACGGAAGAUCAAGGAGGAUCCCACGGAUCGCAGGAUCAUCCUAAGUGCUUGGAACCCCGCGGACAUCCCCCAAAUGGCGCUGCCGCCGUGCCACAUGAUGUGCCAGUUCUACGUGCACCUCCCCGUCGCGCCGUCCGAGAAACCCAAGCUGUCGUGCUUGUUGUACCAACGCUCGGCGGACCUCGGGCUCGGCAUCCCGUUCAACAUCGCGUCGUACGCGCUGCUCACGCACAUGGUCGCGCACGCCACAGGCACAGAGGCAAAAGAGCUCGUCAUCCAGCUCGGCGACGCGCACGUCUACCGCGACCACGUCGACGCGCUAAAGCUCCAGCUCGAACGUGCGCCGCGCCCGUUUCCGAAGUUGCGCUUCAAGCGCGACGUCGCAGACAUCGAUGACUUCAAGGCGGAGGACUUUGUCGUGGAGGGGUACGACCCGCACCCGAGUAUUGCGAUGAAGAUGAGCGUGUAGAGUUGGGACGGAAGGUGAGAAUGUACCAGUCAAAUUUGCAUCUACUAGAUAUGACUAUCGAUACCGCAUGUCUAAGUUAUAUACCUUAUAUCUCUUCGCAUACAUAAUGCAGCUCCCUCAUCGUAUCAUAGUACGUACAGCUCUUUCCGCCCAUCGCACUUGGAAAGCACAUAUCUCUCCUGUAAGAAACUACAACGCAGUUGGGAAGCGAAGCGUUAAAGCAACCGAGGAGAGCAGUUGAUCAGUUUAUCUUGCACCGCAAACAGCUUCAGAAAGUGGCUUCAGACGCGGCGGUACUCGAACAUGCUGCCGCAUCUGCUGCAUGAAGUGCAUGCUUGGCCCGAUGAAGGGCGAAUAAUGCCUACAUACCGACAUGUAGAAGCGUUACCAUGUCCGCGAUGUUCGUGGUUCGUG